AUGGCUAUAUCGUCAAAAAAACAGAACGGAAUUGCAGAUGAAGAUAUCUAUAAUUUUAAUAAAACUGGAUUCGCUAUGGGCUUGGUGGCUACUGCUAAGGUGGUAACGAGAUCUGAUUGUAUAGGCAAGCCGUUUCUUAUACAGCCUGGAAAUCGCGAGUGGGUAACAUUAAUUAAAUAUAUUAACGCCUCGGGCUGGGCCCUGCCUCCGUAUAUCAUCGUCAAAGGGAAGAUGUAUAUGGAGGCCUGGUAUAAAGGCAAUGUGCCUCACUUUUGGAGAAUCAACACCUCGCCAAACGGUUGGACGAGUAACGAGAUCGGAUUGCAUUGGCUUGAAUACUACUUUAUUUCUUUAAUUAAAAAACGGCGAGUCGGGAAAUAUAGCCUCCUGAUUCUCGACGGACAUAACUCUUAUUUAACGCCUCGUUUUAAUGAAAUCUGCAGCCAGAAUAGUAUUGUUUUUAUCUGUAUGCCUCCACAUUCCUCACAUCUUUGCCAGCCUUUGGAUGUUGCCUGCUUCGCGCCGUUAAAAAAAGCAUACGGUGGUUUGAUUAAACGGCUAAUUCGCCAAGAAAUCUAUUAUAUUAAUAAAGUUGAUUUCUUGGAUACAUUUCCCAAAGCCCGAGAACUUGCCUUUAAGAAAUCGUCUAUACAGAACGUCUUUUCAGCUUCCGGCUUGGUGUCUUUCCAGCCGGACGAGAUGCUUGGAAAGCUGAUGUAUAGCCUGCGAGAGAUUACUCCUACUGAAAGUCAAACUACCACUUCUUCUAUACUAAAAACAUCUAAAAAUACAAGGCAAUUGAAGAAGCAUGAAACUACAAUUGAAAGAUUACUGCGUGAACGUACACGAAGUCCUCCGGAGUCAAUAAGAACUGCAUUAUUAUAUAUUAUUAAAGGCUGCGAAAUCGCGUUAAACAGAGCAGCCUUAUUUAAACAGAAAAAUCAUGAUUUACAGACUGCAGACGAAUACCAGACUAAGAAGAGGAAACAAAGUAAUCGCCAAUUAGCAGACCUCGAAGGAGCUACAGUUCAUAAAGCUAUACAGCUUUUUCGCCGGGCUCGUGAGGAAGAUGAAACUUUAGAAAUCUAA